AUGGCUAGGAAGAACCACCACGGACAGCGCAGCGAGUCAGGCCGUGCCUUGCCAGGGAAGAAACUCGCCAAACAAAAAUCUAAUGGCCAUCUGAAUGGCCUUCCUAACGGAUUCCACCAGGCCUCCAGCAAUACGCCUCCCACUCCAACCACGACUCCUCCCGCUACUGCUUCGAGAGCAGAAGUAGCAGCAGCUUCUAUUCCUCCCUCCGUAACCGCUGCUUCGCCGUCUUUCCCCUACGCCUCCGCCAGGACUCCGCAGAACCUCGAUGGCCAACUGGAAAAUGGUUAUGGUUCCUCGAAUGGUAGUAUGGGAGCUGUGACCAAGAAAGAAGCAGGCGGGCGUGCAAGCGGAAGUGUCCAGGUUAACGGAAGCAACGGUCACGCCUUGGUUAGCAGUACUAGUGUUGGAGGAGAUGCCGCCAUGUCACCGAACGGCCACCAUACCUACUCAGCUGCCACCUGUAUCGCAGCCGGAGACCGACUCAACGAACAUUUCUCCCGUCGAGCUGAUAGGAUGGCUCCAGCUGUGAAAAAAGCCUAUCCCGCCCGUAAAGGCGUCAAUCCGUUAGUCCUUGCUUCGACGAUCCUUAAGGCCUGUCCCACGUCCGAUACAAUCGCCAUUCUCAUUCUCCUUCUACAGCUCCCUCCCAUCGUUUUGACCCUGGUCCAAUUUCUCUAUGCUUCCAUGACGUUCAUGCUACCCGCCGGUGUCUCUACUGGGACUCUUACCUCGAAUUUUGACAUCUUCCAAGGACCUGCCGGAACUCCCUCACUAAGUACAAUGAUUGCAAUGGACGGUUUUUGUCUCCUUGUAUGGGGCCUGUUUAUGUGGAAUUGGGCAAAGAACUUUGCCAUUGAUCUCGCUCACGUUCAGGUAGCCAUUGCCUUGGGUGCCGGAAGCUCGGGAGGCACAGGGGGCGUCAACACCUUUUGUGUCUCCAUGGUGCUUAUCGUACACCUCUUACGGAGUGAAGGGAUACAGACCUUCCUGCUUAGUCACUUGUUUUCAGCAAAGCUUCUUUCUCCUGAAACAGUUGCAAAGUACUCGUACCUGAUACCCGCAGAGUUUCGGCGUCAAGAUAGCUCUUCACCUCCUAGUUGGAUAGGAAGCCUCCUUGCAGUACACAUCUUGGCUCAGGCUGGAACUGCCAUGGCUCGACGAUCAAUGGCCAAGAAUCGGUCUUCUCCCCGCGCCAAAAGUAGCGAAAGGUCGGCUACGGAUACUUCUGCUGCUGUAACGCCUACCUUACCUGAUAUCUCCUCUAUUGAGCCUUCAACCGCUCUAUCAUCCGGCAUUUCAUCUGAACCUGCACAGCCAAGUUCUAGUUUGAAAGAUACAAAGGAACGCGUCUCCACUGCCAAGAAACGACGUCGUCAAGCCAACGAGGCGAGAAGGAUACAACCUUUUUGGGCCGCUUUGGCUAGCACAAAAUUUACUGUCACUAGAGAAUAUGAACGAUCCCGGAAUGGUAAUUGGUACUCUCCUAAUGCUCCUACCUCGGAAGAUGAUUUGGAUGGCGUGUCUCCUGACAAUGCAUUUAUUUGGAUUACUGGCGUUGAUACCUCAACUAUUGAAUUUGCUGCGAAUGACUUUAAUAUCAGUGAAGACGCCGUUGCUGAAGGCGCCGCUUAUGGAGCUGCGGGACCGUUUUACGUUCUUGUCAACGGCGCACAUUGGGCCCCCGUUUCCCUUUCCAAGGUGACUGAUAGCUCCAAGGAUUCCCCGAUUGCUCACUGGAGAGGAGAGAUUUCUGGAUUAGCGCCAGACUGCACAUAUACCUGUAGCUUUGUGUGUGUUGAUACAAAUGAGGAAGUCUGUGUUGUGAGCGUCAAGACGCCGUCGGCACCCGUCACAGAUCAAGUUGUUACUCCUCCUGUCGCCUUAUCCCCACAGCAAUCUCUACGACCUUCGUCACCAUCAACUACUAUCAAGAACUCGAUAGUCAAUGCUGAAGCUAAAUUAAACGAACGCCGCUCCCGCCUCAAACGCUCAAGGAACAACCACAAACUUCAUCUGUCCAAAGUCAAACGUGAGCUAGAUGGCUUGACCCACAGGCUAUUGAGUGGUGGAGACGAAAGCCGCCAAAGGCAACGCUCCCUUCAGCUCGAACGAACCAUUCGACAAACUGAAGAUGCAACCGCCGGGAUUGAAGCUCAGCUUGAGAAACUCGAAAAUUUAUCUGGUGCCGGUACCGAGCUGGAGGAAUGGAACGCUCGAAAGGCUGUCAUCGAAGCGGAGACGUCAAAGCUGAAGGCGCUCAGACAGGAGGUUGAGGAUGCUAAAUCCAACAUGGCGAAAGCCGUUACAUCCUCUGAAGCGGAGCUCGCGUCUGCCGUACAAAAGAGAGAACGUCUUCAGAGCCGCCUUAACCGUCUAACUGCCCAACACGAACGCAUCGUUUCCUCUACUAAUGCUCAGGACCUAGCCGAACGUGAACAACAAGCUCAGAUGCAAAUGGCCCAGUCGGCCAUUUACAACAGCUACUUGCCAGGAGCUUUUGUCCCUAAGGUUCCAGCGAGGUUUCGUCUGAUUCCUGCAUGCGGUGGUGACCCUAACCUCUUCAUUGAUGUUGAAAUUGCAAGCGAACCGGCGAGUAAUAUUCAAAACAUAUUCAGAUCCGAUCUGUAUAGGUUGAAUUAUAACCCGCUCACCUACGCCGGUAUAGAGCAGAGUAUACCCGUAGAGUUCGCAAUCGAAACCAGCAACGGAGUCGAAAUUGAAGUCGAAGUUCGCGAAAGCCUUCGAAUUCAUAUGCAAAUACUUACUCCGAAUGGCGUACCGAUUACGCCAUGGUAUAUCGAGCGAGCUGCAAUCAUCGAAGAUGAUCAGGCUAUCAUCACCGCGGGUGGAAGUAUGGGGAUGUAUCGGUACGCGCCUAAUGGGAUGCGACAGUUCCUGCCAUAUGGGACGGGAGUUACUUCCUCUCCGGCUCUGGCUCCAGCUCCUGUUCAUAUCCCUGCAGCUGCGCUGUCUCAUGCCCAUCCUCGUACUCCGGUUCACGGCCACGGUAACCAGGCUUCAUACGUAGCUCCAAGACAGGGUGAGGUUAUAGAGCAGUUACCAAUUAUAUAA